UCUACUGAAAGGGAUAUGACUCCACCAAAAUAGGUACAGAAUAAGAAAAAUUCAGUGUAACAAGCAAAAUCACAUACAGAUUUUAACAAAGUAAAGCAUAAGAUAUUUGAGAAACAACUAUUGUAUUGUGAAUCCCAAAUGAAUUGUCCCGCUGUAUUAACACAGUAUUGAGAUUCGGCCAUGCUGGUUCUUUCUCAACCGCUGAGCGUCGCCAUUUUGUUUCCGCACGACGGCUCCUUUAUCAGGUGCUGUUGAUUGGGCCCCACCUAAGGAGAACAUCCUCGGUGAUAAUACCCUUCAGAUAAGAUAGAUUUGACUGUAAAAAAUAAAGACUAGACGGCAUGAUUUAUCCGUUACUGCUGUUCACGCUGCCGCUGUUGUCCUCCGCUAAUGGAGAAACAACAACAACAGCAACAACAGCAUUUAAACAAACGCCUCAGGUGAUGAGAAAAGUUUCCCGGAGCGACACGCCGACUCUGCCGCCACCGUACGUCCACCUCCCGGUGUUCCUGGACUCCAGGUCGCCCCCGGGGACAGUAGAGAAGGAGCGGCACCGUCCGUUCAGAGCCACCGGACGGAAGCUUCGGACCACCGAGCCCGUCCUCGGGCCUCUGUCCCCGGCUCGGGCUAACACGAGUCAACCCGCAGCUUCGGGUGUUUCCGUGAAGACUUCGUGCGAGCGCAACAAGAUGCUCGUACAGGUGCGGAGGAGCAUCUUGGGGACCGGGGAACGGGGGUCUCGCCUCAAACUUGGGACGUGCCGUCCCAGUGGAUCCGAGAGGGAUUACCUUUACUUUGAAUAUGACCAUGACAUGUGUGGAACCAAACGCACGAUAAUUAAUAACCAGGUGGCCUAUACAAACACGCUACGAUAUGAUCCAUUAAGGCUCCAAGGACCAAUCAGGCGAGCUGUGCCAUUCAACCUGCCCGUUUCGUGUUAUUUUAACCGGUACCAAUACUCCGAAUACACUCCAAAGAUGCAGCUGAGCAAGAUCUUCACACCGAUGAAGAACAGAGCAAAGUUCAUUCUAACUCCUCGGAAUGCUCUGUGGGAAAGGCUCUCUCCGUCGCAUCGGUACGUGCUCGGGCAGUCCAUGUACUUUGAGGCGGAAGCUCUGUCCGUGUCCCCGGACAAAAGACUCUACGUCCACUUCUGUUACGCAACUCCUGAGAAGUCCCACACCUCCACGCCUCAGUUUCCAGUUGUGCAAAACUAUGGGUGUAUGGUUGAAAGCAAGGAGAAUCGCUCCAGAUUCAUCCCAUACAGAAGGAAUGCUGUGAGAUUCUCUGUGGAUGCCUUCUUCUUCCCGGGAAUGACCGGCAAGCUCCACAUGCACUGCUCCAUGUCGGUGCACAGCUCUGUGCCCACACCCACCUCAAAGUCCUGCAACUACAACCCCAAAACAAGAAAAUGGGUUGAGCUGUACGAGUCGGACCAGGUCUGCACCUGCUGCGACUCCAACUGCACUUCUGCUGCCUCCUCGGUGACCAAAAUAAUCAGCAGCCGGCCCUGGACAGUAGAGCCUAAAGUGACGUCCACGGCAGCUCGAGGAAGGAAGAAGGUCUCCACCACCGCUGCUGCAGCUGCAGCAGCAGCAACAACACAAAAAGAGAUGACCGAGGGUACAAUGACCUCACAGCCCGAGGACAUUGCAGCGGCUCAGAUCGUUCAGGUGGAGGACACGGAGGCAGAGUGGCUCCUCGGCGGCGAGGGAGUGGCCUGGGUUGAGUGGGAAGGUGACGAGGAGCAGGUGACUGGCUUCGCUGUGGUGGAGGAGGUGGAGAAGAUGGAGGAGGAGGAGGAGGAGGAGGAGGAGGAGGUCCUAGAACCUCACACAAUAUUUGAAGAAAUCUUUGGCUUUGACAAAUAAAGCAGAUGUGUUUACUG